GUGGCCGGUGGGAGGGCCGUGCUGAGGUGGCAUCUGCGAAAGUUCCUCCCCGGCCAGGCCGGGUCUGACUUCCAGAACUGGGUGAAGCGCUCUGGCCUUCCUGUGUCCUGGCCUUCGGUGAUCUUGCAGCGUAGCUGGAUAUCGUUUGAUUCUCGGAUUUGUAGACCUGACUUCUUUGGGGGGAAAAAUCCUUGCAAGACUUCUGAGGACAUAAAAUAAAAGCUGGCUGGCUGACAGAGGCAACCUCAGGACGGACUUUCUGGCUACUGACCAUUUUGCUGUGGCUAACCGGGAUUGCGUGUGGGCGUGAGAUCAACCAUGAGCUCCGUUGCAGUUUUGACCCAAGAGAGUUUUGCUGAACACCGAAGUGGGCUGGUUCCGCAACAAAUUAAAGUUGCCACUUUAAAUUCAGAAGAGGAGAGUGACCCUCCAACCUACAAGGAUGCCUUCCCUCCACUUCCUGAGAAAGCAGCUUGCUUGGAAAGUGCCCAGGAACCUGCUGGAGCCUGGAGUAACAAGAUCCGACCCAUUAAGGCCUCUGUCAUCACUCAGGUAUUUCAUGUACCCCUGGAGGAGAGAAAAUACAAGGAUAUGAAUCAGUUUGGAGAAGGUGAGCAAGCGAAAAUCUGCCUUGAGAUCAUGCAGAGGACCGGCGCUCACCUAGAGCUCUCUCUGGCUAAAGAUCAAGGCCUCUCCAUCAUGGUCUCAGGGAAGCUGGAUGCUGUCAUGAAAGCCCGGAAGGACAUUGUUGCUAGACUGCAGACACAGGCCUCAGCAACUGUUGCCAUUCCUAAAGAACACCAUCGCUUUGUUAUUGGUAAAAACGGAGAAAAACUGCAAGACUUAGAGCUAAAAACUGCAACAAAAAUCCAAAUCCCACGCCCAGAUGACCCAAGCAAUCAGAUCAAGAUCACUGGUACCAAAGAAGGCAUUGAGAAAGCUCGUCACGAGGUCCUUCUCAUCUCUGCCGAGCAGGACAAGCGUGCUGUGGAGAGGCUAGAAGUGGAGAAAGCCUUCCACCCCUUCAUUGCUGGCCCCUACAAUAGACUUGUGGGUGAGAUCAUGCAGGAGACAGGGACACGCAUCAACAUCCCCCCACCCAGCGUCAACCGGACAGAAAUUGUCUUCACUGGAGAGAAGGAGCAGCUGGCUCAAGCUGUGGCUCGCAUCAAGAAGAUUUAUGAGGAAAAGAAAAAGAAGACUACAACCAUUGCAGUGGAGGUGAAGAAAUCUCAGCACAAGUAUGUCAUCGGGCCAAAGGGUAAUUCAUUGCAGGAGAUCCUGGAAAGAACUGGAGUUUCUGUUGAGAUCCCGCCCUCAGACAGCAUCUCUGAGACUGUGAUACUACGAGGAGAACCUGAAAAAUUGGGACAGGCGUUGACUGAAGUCUAUGCCAAGGCCAAUAGUUUUACGGUCUCCUCUGUCUCUGCCCCUUCCUGGCUUCACCGUUUUAUCAUUGGUAAGAAAGGGCAGAACUUGGCCAAAAUCACUCAGCAGAUGCCAAAGGUUCACAUUGAGUUCACAGAAGGUGAGGACAAGAUCAUCCUGGAGGGUCCCACAGAGGAUGUGAAUGUGGCUCAGGAACAGAUUGAAGGCAUAGUCAAAGAUCUGAUUAACCGAAUGGACUAUGUGGAGAUCAACAUUGACCACAAGUUCCACAGGCACCUCAUUGGGAAGAGUGGAGCUAACAUCAACAGAAUCAAAGACCAGUAUAAGGUGUCUGUGCGCAUCCCUCCUGACAGUGAGAAGAGCAACCUGAUCCGCAUUGAGGGGGACCCACAAGGCGUGCAGCAAGCCAAACGAGAGCUGCUGGAGCUUGCCUCUCGCAUGGAAAAUGAGCGUACCAAGGAUCUAAUCAUUGAGCAAAGAUUUCAUCGCACAAUCAUUGGGCAGAAAGGUGAACGGAUCCGUGAAAUUCGUGACAAGUUUCCAGAGGUUAUCAUCAACUUUCCAGAUCCAGCACAAAAAAGUGAUAUUGUCCAACUCAGAGGGCCCAAGAAUGAGGUGGAAAAAUGCACCAAAUACAUGCAGAAGAUGGUGGCAGAUCUGGUGGAAAAUAGCUAUUCAAUUUCUGUCCCAAUCUUCAAACAGUUUCACAAGAACAUCAUUGGGAAAGGAGGCGCAAACAUAAAGAAGAUUCGUGAAGAAAGCAACACCAAGAUUGACCUUCCUGCAGAGAACAGCAACUCUGAAACCAUUGUUAUCACAGGCAAGCGAGCCAACUGUGAAGCUGCCCGGAGCCGGAUUCUGUCUAUCCAGAAAGACCUGGCCAAUAUAGCUGAGGUAGAGGUCUCAAUCCCUGCCAAGCUACACAACUCCCUCAUUGGCACGAAGGGUCGGCUGAUCCGCUCCAUCAUGGAAGAGUGCGGUGGAGUCCACAUUCAUUUUCCUGUGGAAGGUUCUGGAAGUGACACAGUUGUCAUCAGGGGCCCUUCCUCAGAUGUAGAGAAGGCCAGGAAACAGCUCCUGCAUCUGGCUGAGGAGAAGCAAACCAAGAGUUUUACUGUGGACAUUCGAGCCAAGCCAGAAUACCACAAAUUCCUCAUUGGCAAAGGAGGUGGUAAAAUACGCAAGGUGCGUGACAGCACUGGAGCCCGCAUCAUAUUCCCAGCAGCUGAGGACAAGGACCAGGACCUGAUCACCAUUGUAGGAAAGGAAGAUGCUGUCCGCGAGGCCCAGAAGGAACUGGAGACACUGAUACAGAACCUGGAUAAUGUGGUUGAAGACUACAUGCUGGUGGAUCCGAAGCACCACCGCCAUUUUGUUAUCCGAAGAGGCCAGGUUUUACGGGAGAUUGCUGAAGAAUACGGUGGGGUGAUGGUCAGCUUUCCACGCUCUGGCACACAGAGUGACAAGGUCACUCUGAAAGGUGCCAAGGACUGUGUGGAAGCAGCCAAGAAGCGCAUUCAGGAAAUCAUCGAGGACCUGGAAGCUCAGGUGACAGUGGAAUGUGCUAUACCCCAGAAGUUCCAUCGAUCUGUUAUGGGUCCCAAAGGUUCCAGAAUCCAGCAGAUCACUCGGGAUUACAGUGUUCAAAUUAAAUUCCCAGACAGAGAGGAGAACCCAGUUCACAGUGUAGAGCCUGCCAUACAGGAGAAUGGAGACGAGACUGGGGAGGGAAGAGAGGUCAAGGAAGCUGACCCUGGUUCUCCCAGGAGAUGUGACAUCAUCAUCAUUUCUGGCCGGAAAGAGAAAUGUGAGGCUGCCAAGGAAGCCCUGGAGGCACUGGUUCCAGUUACUAUUGAAGUAGAGGUACCUUUUGAUCUUCACCGUUACAUCAUUGGGCAGAAAGGAAGUGGGAUCCGAAAGAUGAUGGAUGAGUUUGAGGUAAAUAUACAUGUACCAGCUCCCGAACUGCAGUCAGACAUUAUCGCCAUCACCGGCCUUGCUGCAAAUUUGGACAGAGCCAAGGCAGGCCUACUGGAGCGAGUGAAGGAGCUGCAAGCUGAGCAGGAGGAUCGGGCAUUAAGGAGUUUUAAGCUGAGUGUCACUGUAGACCCCAAAUACCAUCCCAAAAUCAUUGGGAGAAAGGGAGCAGUGAUCACCCAGAUCCGCUUGGAGCAUGAUGUGAACAUCCAGUUUCCUGAUAAGGAUGAUGGAAACCAGCCCCAGGACCAAAUCACCAUCACAGGGUAUGAGAAAAACACUGAAGCUGCCCGGGAUGCUAUUCUGAAGAUAGUGGGUGAGCUUGAGCAGAUGGUUUCUGAGGAUGUCCCAUUGGACCACCGUGUGCAUGCCCGCAUCAUUGGUGCCCGGGGCAAAGCCAUCCGAAAAAUCAUGGAUGAAUUCAAGGUGGACAUUCGCUUCCCACAGAGUGGAGCCCCAGACCCCAAUUGUGUCACUGUGACAGGGCUUCCAGAGAAUGUGGAAGAAGCCAUUGACCACAUCCUCAACCUGGAGGAAGAAUAUCUAGCUGAUGUGGUGGACAGCGAGGCACUGCAGGUUUACAUGAAGCCCCCAGCACACGAGGAGUCCAAAGCACCUUCCAAAGGCUUUGUGGUGCGUGAUGCUCCCUGGACCUCCAGCAGCAGUGAAAAGGCUCCUGAUAUGAGCAGCUCUGAGGAAUUUCCCAGCUUUGGGGCUCAGGUGGCCCCCAAGACACUCCCUUGGGGUCCCAAACGAUAAUAAUCAAAAAACAAAAACCUUUCCAGCCUGCUGCCCAAACCCAACCACACAAUGGUUUGUCUCAAUCUGACCCAGCAGCUGGACCCUCACAAAUUGUUGAUGCUCUCCCCCCUCCCCGAGGUCUCGCAACAAAGCCUGGUGGGCUGGCUUUUGUGGCCGCUUCUCCAGGCCUGGUCAGCACCCAGCAGCCUCAGGGUCUGCUCCUGACACUAUGCUCUGGAACAGGCCAGGCGCACCACUGUGUGAAACACUAAGCAAAGGUAAUAGAGCAUUUCGUGAUCACAGACUCCAGCUUCCUGGUCCACCCAGCAUGUAGUCAGCACUCUGACCUUCACACCAGAGCUCCAUGGCAGCGGCUAGGAGUUGACUUCCUGUGUCAUGACCUCAGGAAAUAAAUUUCCUUGACUUUAUAAAAGCCAAAACGUUUGCCCUCUUCCUUUCCCAUCUCCCUCCUGCCCACUGCUUGUUGUCCAGUCCUUCCUCUUUGUGAAAAGCAGUUAGCCUUCUCCAGCUGCCAAAGUCUGCUUAGCGCAGGCCACAGGGUGGGAGGAAGGCCCAUCCUGGACAGCAGGAAAUUGGGUGUCCUGGAGUUAAAGGGAACCAAGGUGCAGAGGGUGACUUGGGUCUUAAAAUGGUACUCAUUGUACCUAUUUUGAGGACUUAAAGCACCAGGACCUUCUACCACAGUCUCAGCUCCAUGGUCUAGUGUGUAUACCCAGGAGGUAAGGCUGUAUAUGUGUGCCACAUGGGUUCCUUGUGGCUGUUGGAGUGGCCUGGGGUGGCCUGAGGUUUGCAGGUAGUGGGGAGACAGGAAGAUAGAUACUGCUGCUUCUUGGUGGAAGGCUUGCCUCUAGGUGACAGCAUGAUUUUCCCACUUCCCUUGGCCCCUGUGCCCACCCUGCCCAGACACCUUGUUGUGUUCAGUUGCCUUCUUUCUACCUCAGCCAGUGUGGUAGUACUCUCAUGCACAGGUUAGUGCCACCCCCAAGGCUCUUGAUUUAGACGUUUCUGAUGGUCCUGGGAUUGCUGUGGACUUGGGGAGGGUGUGUGGAGAUGGAAGCUGGUACCCUCCCUCAGUCCAGGUUAUUCAGAGUGAGCAUUACUCACUCCCACCUGCCCCCAGCCAGUCAGACCUUGCAGGUUCCGGUAGGAAUGCCUGGAUACUAUUUGUAAGCCGCAGGGACAGGUCCCAGGUUGUUGGCUUUGAGGGGCAGGUGUGGAGAAAGGCUGUCAUUUAUCCUGGUUCAAAAAGGGAACUAGAAUGAGGAACAGAGGAGGACCCAGUGCAUAGAACCUUUCCAGCUGAGGAGCAUGACCUUCCUCAUGUGUAGCAGGUUGGAGCACUGGCCCCCCAGCCGGCGAGGUUGCAGGUCCACCCUCACCAGGAAAGGUGGUCCCAAGCAGAAGUGUCAAUGCUGUGGGGAUUUAUCUCCAGGUCCACCUACAAGUUGUCCUGUCCCAGAUAUUUGGGUUCCUGGAAAAGCUUAUCUUCCCAUUUCAUGGCCAUCCCUGGGGAUUGUCACUUCUGCUGUGACACUAUUCCCUAAGUCUUUGACUUUCCAUUUGAAAACUCAGGCUUGGCCUCCUAUAGUGGACCCAAAAUUGCUUCUCCCAAAUUUAAUUUCAUUUCUUAUAGUGAAGUGGCCCCAUAUAUUUAUGGGAAUAGUGAAUUGAUAAGAACUGUGUUUUGCUCAGUAGGCUGGCAGCCCUCAUGAGCCAAUGAAUGAGAUAGGAAGAGAUGGCUUCCUGCCUUCCUUGAAGCUGUCUCUUCAUUGGGAAGCCUUAGGGGAAGAACUGUCACCUCUCCCAAAUGCAUGAGAUCGGGACCGUUUUCCUCUUGGGACCCCCUUCCCUCUGUUCUUCUGGUUCACUGGAACCCAUCCCAGCCUCUCUUCAUCUUCUGUGUCCUCCCACAGCAUCCAGUCCUAUUACUCACACCCCCCCCCCCACCCAAGAAAGUAGUUUUAAGUUCUCACAAUGGGAUUUUGCACAUCUCCAUUUACUGCUAAGUGCUGUAGAUGUAAGCCCUAAGUUGUUCAGGGUCUCACUCCUUUGCUCUGGUUGUUAAUAAGGACUAUGAAAUGACUGUACCCCAGGUUGCCUUCCUGCAGUUUCCAGGCUGUCUGAGGGGCCUGGGCAGGGGUGGGGAGUGUCUUUUCCUUCCUCCUUGUUGAAUGUCUUCCAUGCCCUAUGUUUCCAUAGUACAUCCAUCCCUUGGCCUUAACUUUGGAAUUUGGAGAUUAUAUGCAAACAUGUGUAAAGGCUUAUGAAUAUGGAUGACACUGGAAUUUUAUAAAUUCUAAAAUAAAACCCAAAACCAGA